UCGUCCAAUGCAUAGCAACGAAACAUUAUAGCCACCUAGCGAUGAAACAGUAGAAUUAAUCUUCUUAUGGGAAAAUUAAAAAAUUAAAUUUCUCGGUCUAUAAGAUGAAUUCUUGAACUAUUUAGGAAUUAAAUUAAAGCCAUAACUCUUAGGAAUCAUCUCUGUAUAAUGCUAUUCCAAUUUUUAUCGUAAUUAGUUAAUUAUAUGCAAUUAGUGUAAAGUGUCCUAUUUUGAACAUAAUGGUGCCAUCUAUCAGUCAGAAAUUUUACUUUUUGGUAGUAUCGUUGCGUCGUUGUGCAUUUAGUUUAGUAAAGUUACACGCGACAACAAAGAAUAUACACAUCCCGAAAUUCUCUCCUCUCGUGCGUGCAAGCUUGUCGAGUUUAUUGUAAAUAAGAUUAUGGAUUUGCUGGGAUCUAUCUUAAACUCAAUGGAUAAACCUCCUUCGAUUAGUGAUAAACAAAAAGCGUUGAUGAAAAAGCAAAAAGAGGAGUAUCAGAAGCGUCAAAAAGCAGAAGCUGAAAGAUUAAAGCUUUUUCGUGAGAAGGUAGAAGGGAAAAUUAAUAAAUUUCUUCAAGAUGACGAUGCAAAGGAAUACAAAUUUCCCCCAAUGGAUCAAAUUUAUAGGAGUAUAAUACAUGAUGUUGCUGAAGUGGCAAACAUAUGGGCAUAUUCAUUUGGUGAAGAAGGCAUUGAUCGUCAUAUCGUUAUUUUUAAAAGGGAAUAUGCACCAUCUGAAGAUCAGUUAAACGCAUUACGUAGAGGAGAAGAAUGGAAUGAAGAAAUAGCAAAGAGAUUAGCGGAGGAGAGAGAAAGACGAGCCAAAGAAGAACAAGAAGCUGCUGCUAAACCUAGAAAACGAAAAGACGAUUUUGUACCAAAUAGUUAUUACAAGGAUAAGUAUCAACAUUUAAUUGGAAAGGAAGCUGCAUUAGAAGCAGCUAGAAAAACAGAAGCUAAUAGUAGUUAUGGCUGUGUUCCUAGUGAAAAUAAGAGAGAUCAAAGAAGUAUAGAGCAAACAUUAGCAGACAUUCGAGCUAAGAAAAGAAAAUUGGAAAUGACUGUUAAGGAGCCAGAGAAUAUAGAUAAAAAUAUAGAUAAAAGUCCAAAUAAAACUGUAUAAUAUAUUUAA